AUGCACGUUUUGUCCAUUUCUCAUGGUCAGGAGAGCAAACCUCCCACUGCCGAAGAAGUCGACGAGUUCAUCCGACACAACAAAGUAGACGAACGCGCUGCGCAAGACCUGAGAGAAUGCCCUCCCGAGGUCCAAAAGCGCGUUCUCUGCAGGGGAGAUUUGAAUAGUGCGCGGAACCCCUCUGCUGCCGUGCUCGUUCGGAUUCGUGAUGCGCGCGUCGAAGAGCGGCCGGGCGGGAAAGCGCCCAGACCCAUGGGUUUGCCCAGCAGUGCAGAGGUGAAUGGCUACCUCAAGGCGAAUGGUGUCAAUGAAACUGCCGCUGCGGCCUUGAGAAGCUGUUCUCCAACGGUGAAGCGAGCAGUGCUGUCGAGCGGCGAUGUGAUAGGUGCCGAAGCGCAGCUCAAGGACUUGCGGGGCACCCGCAACCCUUCGUCCGCUGUGCUAUCACGCAUUCGGGAUGCCAAGGCGCAGCCUCACUUAGCACCGCCGGGCUAUCCGCCGAUGUAUCCUCCACCGGGCCUUCGCCUCAGAUCGACGCCGCGCCGAUUGAUCGGCGGUAGCACUGUACGAGACAAGAAAAACUUCAGCUUGCGUCCAGGUUAUCCUGGACCUCCGGGCUACUAUGCGCCACCUGGCUAUCCAGGCCAAGUGUUUGCCAUAAAUGCGUCCGGACUCAACUUGUUUGGAUCAUGGUCGUCCGGGUUUGAGCCGAGGAGCAUUGGACCAUCGCAGUUGCGCUCUCUUUGCUGCGCUGUGGCCUCCGCCCAGUUGGGGCGGCACAUCUCGGUCGCGCGCGCUGCGCGCAAGAAGAGCAAGGGCGGAAAAGGCAAGAGCAAGGGCGGUGCACCGUCCUCGACACCAAUCCCGUCCUCGGGGAGUGCAGCCCCUGAUGCAUAUGAUCAAGAGACACGGGACAUUAUCCUGUCCUUGGACCAUGUGGAGAAGAAGGCUCAGGAUGGAAGUUACAUCUUGAAGGACGUGUGUUUGGGCAUGUACAUGGGUGCCAAGAUCGGCAUCUUGGGGCGGAACGGAGCCGGAAAAAGCACCGUGAUGCGAAUCCUGGCUGGGCAAGACGAUGAGUUUCAAGGGACACUCCACAUGGAUCCUGAGAUCCGAGUUGGAUAUUUGCCUCAGGAGCCCGUUUUGGAAGAGGACAUGGUGAUUGAAACCUUAGAGCCCGCGGUGCAAAAUGUCAAAGACAUGGUGAAGAGAUUUGAAGAUGUCAGCAUGCAAAUGGCCGAGCCUGAUGCUGACAUUGACGAGUUAAUGGUGGAGAUGGAAAAGCUUCAAACAAAGAUUGAUGCCAUGAAUGGAUGGCAAAUCGACGAGAAGCUCGAUCAGGCCAUGGAAGCGCUCCGCUGCCCGCCACGCGACGCGAAGAUCGCGACACUGAGUGGCGGCGAGCUGCGCCGUGUGGCCAUUUGUCGGCUGCUUUUGUCCCAACCAGACAUCUUGCUGCUGGACGAACCCACCAACCACCUGGAUGCGCAAAGUGUGGCAUGGCUGGAGCGAUUCCUUGCAGACUUCAAGGGCACUGUGGUUGCCAUCACGCACGACCGCUACUUCCUCGACAAUGUCGCGGGCUGGAUCUUGGAGCUGGACCGGGGCAAAGGCAUUCCGUUUCAAGGCAACUACUCUGGCUGGCUUGAGUUCAAAGCAAACAGGCUGGCAUCCGAAGAGAAACGGAAGGCCACCUUGGAAUCCCAGAUGGCCAAGGAGCUGGAGUUUAUCAAUGCCAAUCGCAGUGGCAGGCAGAAGAAGGGCAAGGCACGUCUGCGAAAAUAUGAAGACUUGGAAGCUGCAGCCGCAUCGUUCAAUCGCAAUUCUGAACUGGAUUCCAUCGUGAUCACUCCCGGGCCUCGCCUGGAUCCAAGAAACGCAGUGGUGCAAGUGAAGCAUGCCUCCAAGGGCUAUGGUACUCGUCUACUCAUUGACGAUGCAAACUUCGAGAUCCCACCUGGCUCGGUUGUCGGCAUCAUUGGCCCCAAUGGUGCUGGCAAAUCCACUCUCUUUAAGAUGAUGAUGGGUACUGAGACGCCUGACGACGGUGAGGUGAUCUUGGGGAAGACUGUGGCUCCCAUGUAUGUGGAGCAGAUGCGAGAGGACUUAGACCCCAAUUCCACCGUCUUCGAAGAACUCACAGACGGACUUGAGUCCUUUGACAUUGGUGGAAGGGAGGUGAACAGCAGGGCUUAUUGCUCCUGGUUCAACUUCAGAGGCUCAAUCCAACAGCGGACUGUCUCCUCCUUGAGUGGUGGUGAGCGAAACCGCCUACAACUGGCCAAGACCCUCAGAAUGGGUGGCAAUCUGCUGAUGCUGGAUGAGCCCUCUAACGAUCUUGAUGUGGAGACGCUGCGGGCACUAGAAACUGCCAUUGAAAACUUUGCGGGCACCGUGCUGUGCAUCAGUCACGACCGCUGGUUUUUAGAUCGCAUUGCCACCCAUAUCAUUGCCUAUGAGGGAGAGUCCUCUGUGAGAUUCUUCGAAGGAGGUUACUCCGACUAUGAGGAGGACCUCCUGGCCAGGACUGGCAGUAAAGAUCCCGUGAAGGUCAGCUACAAGCCCAUGCCAUCCUUUGCUUAA